AUCGAUCCCGACGACCUCCGGCAGUGCACGUUAAACAUCCAUCACAGCGUCCAGGUCCCCGUUACCAACAUCAACGAGGUGAAUGUGAUCCAGCAUAUUCGAUGCACAGGCGAAACAACGUGGCAUGGACAGCCAGCACGUUACGACUGGGUAUGGGUCGAGACUGAGAACCCACCGAACGAUCAACAAUCAUCGUACGGCGCGCUCCAUGGACACCUCCCAUACCCUCUUUUAAUGUUCUUCAAGCUUUCUGUCAAUGGAAAAACCUUUCUGUGUGCAUUCGUGGAAAAAACCACACCAAAGUCAGGCCAUGUGCCCGAAAGCGCGUCUGGAAUGGUGAGGGUAACAAAGCCCACAACGGAAAGUGACUACACGGUGAUA